AUGGCAACGAUGAGCAUAUGGGAUCCCGUUGUAGAAGCAGGAACAGGCGAGUUUAGCCAGUCUCAGAUCUUGCUCGUCGCCGGAAACUACGAAGGAAACGAUCUGAACACGGUGGCGGCUGGAUGGCAGAGGGACUCGUACCGAAACACAGGCUGUCUAAACCUGGAUUGCGCUGGCUUUGUUCAGGUCCCCAGCAACUAUACAGUCGGAGCGGCAUUUGUAUUUUCUUCAUACGGCGGCAACCAGUUCGACAUUAAAAUGUCGAUAUGGAAGGAUCCAGAGGAUGGCAAUUGGUGGCUCGGCAUUGGCCAAUCCUUCGUCGGGUAUUGGCCAUCCAAGCUAUUUACACAUCUGUCUGACGGUCCCGCGACGUUCGUCCAGUGGGGUGGAGAGGUCAGAGAUACCAGGAGCUACGGCCAGCAUACCACCACCCAGAUGGGUUCGGGACAUUUCGCGGAAGAAGGCUUUGGGAAAGCGGCUUUCUUCGGCGACCUACGGAUUAUAGAUCAUCAGUACCAUCUCCUACCAGUCGGGGAUUUUAUCCUGCAGACUAGCAACGCCACAUGUUACAACGCGCUGAAGGUUCACAACGAGCAAUGGGGAACGCAUUUCUACUAUGGCGGACCGGGAUAUAACGUUUUGUGUCCAUAG